AAAGCCCCGGAACAGAACAACAAAGCGUCACGCAACACAGCGGGAGCAGCAGCAGCUGGCGCCGUACGUGCCGCUUCCCCACGACCCAAGCCACCUUCGCAUCACUCCUCUUCUCCAGCAACAAACUCCAGCGAAGCUCUCACGCCACCCGCCGCGUAGUUCAGCAACGCCAUGGCCAUGUCUCGCGCCGCCGCAGCGAUCAGGCAACGGCGGAGCGGCCCGCUCCUGCCAGCGUCGAGGUCCAUGGCGUCGCUGUUCGGCCACGUGGAGCCCGCCGCCAAGGACCCCAUCCUCGGCGUCACCGAGGCCUUCCUCGCCGACCCUUCGCCGGACAAAGUGAACGUCGGCGUCGGCGCGUACCGGGACGACAACGGGAAGCCCGUCGUGCUGGAGUGCGUGCGCGAGGCGGAGCGGCGCAUCGCCGGGAGCACCAACAUGGAGUACCUUCCGAUGGGAGGAAGCGCGAAGAUGAUCGAUGAAUCACUCAAGUUGGCUUAUGGGGAGGAUUCCGAGUUCAUCAAGGACAAGAGGAUUGCAGCCGUGCAGACUCUUUCAGGGACUGGUGCAUGUCGCCUCUUUGCAGAUUUUCAGAAACGGUUCUUGCCAGAUUCACAGAUAUACAUACCUACCCCUACAUGGGCAAAUCAUCACAAUAUUUGGAGGGACGCCCAGGUACCGCAAAGAACAUUUGGCUACUACUAUCCAGACACAAAAGGAUUGGAUUUUGCAGGCCUCAUGAAUGAUAUCAAGAAUGCUCCAGAUGGUUCCUUCUUUUUGCUUCAUGCAUGUGCUCACAAUCCCACUGGGGUGGAUCCUUCUGAGGAGCAAUGGAGAGAGAUAUCUCAUCAAUUCAAGUUGAAGAACCAUUUCCCAUUCUUUGACAUGGCAUACCAAGGAUUUGCCAGUGGUGACCCUGAGAGAGAUGCCAAGGCAAUUCGGAUCUUUCUUGAAGAUGGGCAUCAAAUUGGAUGCGCACAGUCCUAUGCAAAAAACAUGGGGCUUUAUGGCCAAAGAGCAGGAUGCCUUAGUAUUCUCUGUGACGAUGAGAUGCAAGCAGUUGCCGUGAAGAGCCAACUGCAACAGAUUGCCAGACCUAUGUACAGUAACCCACCACUGCAUGGCGCACUAAUUGUUUCCACAAUCCUUGGUGAUCCAGCCCUGAAAACAUUAUGGCUGAAAGAGGUCAAGGGUAUGGCUGAUCGCAUCAUUGGAAUGCGAAAAGCACUAAAGGAAAAUCUUGAAAAGUUGGGUUCACCAUUAUCGUGGGAACAUAUUACUAAUCAGAUUGGCAUGUUCUGCUACAGUGGGAUGACACCUGAACAAGUUGAUCGUUUAACAAAAGAAUUCCACAUAUACAUGACUCGUAAUGGCAGGAUAAGCAUGGCUGGUGUAACAACAGGAAAUGUCGCCUACUUGGCAAACGCUAUUCAUGAGGUCACCAAGCCAAAGUAAGAUCUCUUUGUCCUGUCAUCUUGGGAAAUAAGAGGAACCUUUCAGCCUCAUGUAUCAAGUGGCUUGUAAUUGUUUAAACCUUUUCUAACCACCACAUGAUGAGAUCGAAAAAUAAGUAUGUUCAAAUAUAGCUAUUUUUCUGAAACAACGUCCCAUAUUGUUGUGAUUUAUUGGUGUACGAAUAUAUAUUUAUUUCUUUUAGCAGAUGCACAA